GACCCGACUAGGGCCCGGUCACAUACAAUUGCUGCUUACAAACCCUUUAGUGAAGCAAUUCUGUGCAUCACGACUGAUGUACUUUUAUACUUUCCUUCUGUCGUCGCUCUUUUAGUUGCGCAGAAUCUCUCUUCGCCACACAAUGUACCGAUCAGCGUUGCGGUCAACGCCGCGGGCAGUCAAUGCCCUGCGACAAACCACACUCACCACAGCCGGACGACGAUUCGCCUCAACGAAACCCGCAGACAAGAAGAGGAGUUGGAAGGGCACGGGUCUGAGAUGGGGUUUAGCUUUUGGCGCUCUGUACUGGUAUACCACCAGCCCGGCCUUUGCGGACGAGAUAGCACCACAACACAUGGCCGCCCCGCCGGUGUUCUCCGACGAUGAUCUACCGACGGUAGAAGCUGUGAUCGAGCAGAAGCGACGAGAAGCCGAGGCCCGUUUAGCAAAAGCAGUGGCGGCACGGGAGGAGGCAACUGCUGCUCCAUCUCCCGCAGAUUCUGAGGUACCACCCACACAAGAUGGCGAGGUGGGCGCUGUAGGAAGCCCCGCGGACUUGGAAGCAGAGGCGGAUCAGCAGGGUGCCUUCAACCCUGAGACGGGCGAGAUUAACUGGGAUUGCCCGUGUCUAGGAGGCAUGGCACAUGGACCUUGUGGCGAGGAGUUCAAGGCUGCGUUCAGCUGCUUUGUGUACUCCAAGGAGGAGCCAAAGGGAAUUGACUGCAUUGAGAAGUUCCAGCAUAUGCAAGACUGCUUCCGAGCACACCCCGACGUCUACGGGGAGGAGCUAGCUGAUGACGAAGAGGCACCGGCUGAGGGGACGCUGGAUGGUGUACUAGAGGCAGGCACCGCGACUGUGAAGACCUUGCCGUCAGAAGGAGAAUCUGCACCUUUGGCAACGGACAAGGCUACAAAGGCAAAGACAGACAAGGUUGUGAAGGAGGCGAAAGAGGUGCUGCCAACGAGCUCUCCAGAUCAGAAGACGGUGGUGCAAUCGACAAGCAAAUAAAGCACUAGAACCUGGGGGGAGAGCAUUAGAGACAUGUACAAAAAAACCUUAAACUGUCAAUCUGGCAAGUGGUUUGGCCAGUAUAAAGGGUUUGUAUUGUAUAAUUACAUGUAUUUAACAUCUGAGCGUACAAUAGACAGCACACCAUUCUCUACCAACUACUGGGGUUUUGCUGCAAGAUCAACAUUCUAGCCAGCCGACAGUUAGAUGUGCGCAAAAUGGCGUAAUGAUAUACACAAC